AUGACCGCCAUCGCUUGCUUAACUGGCGCCUGCAUUGGCUACCUGGCUAUUACCCACGCAAGGACUGUCGUUGUGGUGCACGAGCUGUCACCCGCGACCACUACAGUCUCGUUUAUCCACUACUCCGUCCAAUGUGCUCCUAUCGUACUGUCCGGGAUGCAUAUCAUUGAUGUCAUCCUCAACAAUCUACCACGGACCGACGUCGGUUUGACCAACGGAAAAUGGCAAUCCAUAUGGCCAGCGAUACUACGUAUCCUCAGAGAAAUCGACCAACUCUGUCACCCCAAGGAACUUUUGCUGGAUGGGACGUUCCCUGGCGACGACUUUUCACCACCAUUGUCUUCAGAGCAAGAUUAA